GCCUGGCUCCUCUGGUAGGUUCCACAAUGGUACAGCCAGCAUCACGCUGCACAAUGGUUUCCAGGCAGUGAAAGAGCGUGAUUCAGCAAGCCACUCUUUCCCCCCCCCCCCCCCCCUUUUUUUUUUUCCUGCCCCCCCUUCUUUUAUUUCAUUAUUAUCAGACAUUUUGCCUCUCCUCUUUCUGUUCUCUUUCUCUUUCCCCUCUUCCCCCAGACUUUUAUUUGCUUCUUGAAAGGAAAAUCAGCAACUUGACUUGAAUCCAGCUGCACAUCUCUUUAUUCUCUUUAUUUAUUACCACUCUACCCACCCAUCUUUUCCACCCCAUCCUCAGCACCGUUUGGAAUGUGAUUUUUUUAUUAUUAUUAUUCUUUUUCUUUUUUAAAAAACAAAAUCCCAGCCCCAAGUGGCAGUUUUGGUGGGGGGGGGAAGGUCUCUGGACAAGGAGAGACUAGCUGGCGAGCACGGAAUGGGCUAGUAUUAGAAACCUGGAGCAGCAGCAGGCCAGACUCAAGUCCCAGCCAUGGCAACCCAUGCAUGAAGUUGAUGCCUUUGAACCAUUUCCUAUAGAUGAGACAUAGCAGACACUGUGGUAUUUAUGAGCCGCCACUUCUUGUAUUAUUGUGGUGAACCUACUCUGGAUGUGAAGAUUGCCUUUUGUCAGGGAUUUGGGAAACAAGUGGAUGUGUCAUAUAUUGCCAAACAUUACAACAUGAGCAAAAGCAAAGUGGACAACCAGUUCUACAGCGUGGAAGUAGGUGACUCGACCUUCACAGUCCUCAAACGCUACCAGAACUUGAAACCCAUUGGCUCUGGGGCUCAGGGAAUAGUUUGUGCUGCCUACGACGCCGUUCUCGACAGAAAUGUGGCCAUUAAGAAGCUCAGCAGACCAUUCCAGAACCAAACCCAUGCCAAGAGAGCUUACAGGGAGCUGGUCCUCAUGAAGUGUGUGAAUCACAAAAAUAUUAUCAGUUUAUUAAACGUCUUCACACCACAGAAGUCUCUGGAGGAGUUCCAGGAUGUUUACCUGGUAAUGGAGCUAAUGGAUGCCAAUCUGUGCCAGGUCAUUCAGAUGGAGCUAGACCAUGAGCGAAUGUCCUAUCUCCUGUACCAGAUGCUCUGUGGUAUCAAGCAUCUGCACUCUGCAGGAAUAAUUCACAGGGACUUAAAACCCAGUAAUAUUGUGGUAAAAUCUGACUGCACCUUGAAGAUUCUGGACUUUGGCCUGGCCAGGACUGCAGGCACCAGCUUCAUGAUGACUCCCUACGUGGUGACACGUUACUACAGGGCACCAGAGGUCAUCUUGGGCAUGGGCUACAAGGAGAACGUGGAUAUAUGGUCUGUGGGAUGCAUUAUGGGAGAAAUGGUUCGCCACAAAAUCCUCUUUCCAGGAAGGGACUAUAUCGAUCAGUGGAACAAAGUUAUCGAGCAGCUGGGAACCCCCUGUCCAGAGUUCAUGAAGAAGCUGCAGCCCACGGUGCGGAACUACGUGGAGAACAGACCCAAGUACGCUGGCCUCACCUUCCCCAAGCUCUUCCCAGACUCUCUCUUCCCGGCUGACUCUGAACACAACAAACUCAAAGCCAGCCAAGCCAGGGACCUUUUAUCCAAGAUGCUGGUCAUUGACCCUGCCAAAAGAAUAUCAGUAGAUGAAGCCUUACAGCACCCAUACAUAAACGUCUGGUAUGACCCAGCAGAAGUGGAGGCGCCUCCUCCUCAGAUCUAUGACAAACAGCUGGAUGAAAGGGAACACACAAUCGAGGAAUGGAAAGAACUCAUCUACAAAGAAGUAAUGAAUUCUGAAGAAAAGACUAAAAAUGGAGUAGUAAAAGGCCAGCCUUCUCCUUCAGGUGCAGCAGUGAACAGCAGUGAAAGCCUCCCUCCAUCCUCAUCUGUCAACGACAUCUCCUCCAUGUCCACGGAUCAAACCCUGGCGUCUGACACGGACAGCAGCCUGGAAGCUUCUGCAGGACCCCUCGGUUGUUGCAGGUGACUAGCCGCCUGCCUGCGAAACCCAGCGUUCUUCAGAGGGUGAUGUGAGCCAGCAGGGCAAAGCUAACAGAGGUGACAAGGAAGAGAAACAAAACCCACAGCGAUUUCAAGCAGACCAACCCACCCACCAACCCUCUUCAGCCUGCUUUCUCCUACAGACUUAACCUAACGCAGCUAAGCUCGAGUGUAUAUUUAAAUGAUAGUCGCUCUGCUUUGGUCUCCUUCCAGUAAUGCUUCCUGGGGGAGGCAGAGAGGAAAGGGGCAAAAAGGAAAAAGGAACUGAAAAAACUCUGUUCUUUUUUUCCCUUUCCCAACCCUCUUCCCAGAAGAUGUAAAAUGAAUGGCUGCAAAACCAGCAACCUGCAACUGUCCUCUUCACACGGACAUGACAAGGUGUGCAGUAGCCACUCUCCAUCCUGUGUCUGCCUUGGCUCUCUGCUCCUCUGCCCCUCUGCCCAGGCAGGCAGGUGCAGGCUGGCCAUGCAUUAUUCUCCAUUCACAAAGAGCAUCCCCACACCCCCUCAGGCUGGGCAGCUGUGCUCAGUGUGCCCCCAACACACACACACACUAAGUGGCCCAUUUCAGAUGAGCUCCAUGACCGCAUUCAUGACGUUCCCAGUAGAGGUCCCAUUAGUCUGUUGGCUGAGGAGGUUGUGUAUCUUGGAUGAGGGCUUGUGGAAGUGUAAAUAACCACAUCCAACUGUGGCUCCCUCAGACACUUGAAGAUGUAGCACCCAAAUUUCUGCUGAGAGUUGUGUAUAUAUAUUUUGAACCGAUAAGCAGUUUGUAUUGAAAGAAGAAGCCAGGGAGCUUCGUAGGGAAACUCUGUGUUUGUGAGUGUUCAGACUUGUUGUUCUCAUCUGUAGAGCAGCUACAGAGCAAGCCAAGCCCAGGUUAGAAGGAAGCACAUGUGUCCUUGCAAGCUCCAGGGAACAAGAAUGGAGGGGUUGGGAGCAUGGCUAAGCCCAGAUUGCUCAAUAAGCAGCUCUUCCUGACGAUGAGAUGUGAGUCCCCACCUUAGUUCCUAGGCUCAUGGGCAGGGGUCAGAGCAGAGAUUGUGAUCCAAAGGCCAUGCAGCAUUUAGGAAGUUAGUUGGUUGAGGGUUGGUUUCUUAGCCUAGGUCUUUAGCAGGUUAACUAGAGAAAGGACAUUUGCAGCCUGCUCCCUCUGUGUGUGUCCUUGAGGCUUCAAGGUUGCUUUCCCUUUAAGUCAUUCCCUUGCAGGGAUCUCUGCAGCAGAGAAGGGGAAGAGCCCUUCCCUGGGAGCUUUUGGCUGUCCACUUGCUUGUGACAAAGGUCCUGACUCCCCAGGAAGUUUUAUCAGCUGUGUUGUGUGGAAAAGAAUCACCUGGGUCUAGUGCUCCUGGCCUCUGGUGGCAGGGAGCAUCAGUCAGCUAGUGCCCUGGGCUGGAAGGGUCUCCAGCAAGAGUCAGUUUGCAUAAGUUCUGGAGAAUCCAGCAGUGACUAUCAAAUUGUUUUGACCAGAUAAGAGCACAGAGGAGUCCCAGUGGUAAGUGGCAGCAAGCAGAGAAUGGCAGAACUUCACACAGAACCUCAGAGCAAGGCAAUGUUUCUCCAGCCAAAACCACACUUAGCUCUUUCCACUCACUCAUUACCUGAGUUGGGAAGCUAACCAAAAUCUGAGUCAUUUCUCCCUCCCACCCAAGAGUGCUGUGUAAACUGAAAUCAUCUUCUAAUGGUUUCCCAAACUGCUUAGAACAGAUUACUGCCUGUUUUAAAUGCAUUCAUUCUCACUCAACUCACUACCAGAACAGGACCCUGCUGUUAGGUGGCUCCCAAGCCUGUCAUGCUGGGCUAGGAAUCAAAAGUGAGCAUCAAAGUCAUACUUUGUUCAAAGGGAAGAGAGCAAAGAACAAAAAAAAGUUACCUGCAGAGUGAGGAGUAAGUAGGGGAGAUAAAAAUGGAGCAGAUGAUAGAAAAUAACUUAGGGCUUGGUAAGUCUGAGCUGUUUCAAAAUUGCCACAGGAAAAGUUUGGGGUUUAUUUUUCCCUUCUCCCCAGGUAAAUCUUUUUGAGACUAAAAUUAGGCUGAGAACAUUCUAAAACCUCAGAGCAGCAAUUGUGAAAGCAAUAAUUCACUCCUGCUAAAAACAUUUAGCAAUAUUCUCUCUUUAAGCCAUGAUCUGUCAAGUCAUUGUUGAGUGCUGCAACUCUCACUUCACAGCCAAGGACCGCAGAAGUAUCGAAAGGUGACCUCUGUAGGUCCAAAGGCAAUAACACCCAGGGUGACUUCUUAGCAAUAAUGAAAUGGAUCACCUCCAGACUGAGCUCACCCCAGCUGUGUAUUCCUCAGGUUCAGGUAACUGGUGUCUGCCUGUCAUUCCUUAGCCUGCACCCCUACUGCAACAAACCAAACCCAAGUGCCUCAGAGAGGCAAAGCUGCGUGGCAGAGAAGCUGCCAAGCCGCUGCAAGCGUAGGCUGUAGGAACUUGGAGUAGUCACAGCUGGUUGGCAGGGGCGUGGUGGAGAUGUGGCACAGGUCACUGACAGCAGACAGAUGCUGGCAGGUCUCCCCUUUUUCAUCUCUCACAGCCCAAACCCUUGCUGCUCUUCGUGCCAUGCUGUAACGCAGCCUCCCUUGGGUUCACGAGUGCCAAGUGGACAACCAGUGACCAGAGCAGGUGUCCUAGUGAGGGGCACUGAAUGACCCCACACCAUUCCACAGCUUUAUUCCCAGAAGCCCUGAUUCCACUAAGCACCAGGGCUUGCACCAACACGUGCUGGAGAGCAGAGGGAUGCAGACACAGCUGCCACCACCAGCGUGUGCCUUUGUCCUUUGCCCAGCAGCAUGUGCUUAAGUGCCUUGCUGAAACGAGGCCUCAAAUCACUGCACCUCUUUUUUGUCCUCACCUUAGUCAGUCUCCUUCCUGAGAAGCUCUGUCUGAGGAGACCUGGGGCUGUCCACAUUGGACUCUAGAGAAAAAGCCAUCAGUGAAGCAAAACAAUAGUUCUGUAGUGUUGGUCCUUGCCUGUCCCAGCUGGCAGCGAGCGCUCAGCAGCAGUGGUACCCUUGGUCUUGCUUUGUGUCAGGCAGGUGGUGCUGGCAGCUGAUCCCUUCCAGGACUGCAUGGCCUCUGGAACAAAGGACUGCAGUGAUGAUGGUCUGUAGCUCUGCUAAGGUAAAGAAGGUUUUUCUUUGAGAUGCUACAAGUUUUGGUAGCCUUCUCUUCAAGUCUCUGUUCCCAUACCCUGUUCAGUCUGACAACCACAGAUGCUUUUCUGAUUUCUUUUCUUGCCAGUGACCUUCUCAAUCUACCUCUGUUUAAAACAUUACUAAAUGCUACUUGAGUAACGAUUUUCACCUCGUUCUCUGAGGUUUGCAGCUGAAAGCAGAAUUGGCAGCACUGCAGAGAUGCAGGAAACUUAAGAAGCUGGAGGUCUGUGACAGGUAUUUAGGCACUAAAGGGGCGAUCAGAGGAAAGGAAGAUCAGAGAGCUGGAGUGCCUCUCCUGUGAACCAGGCUGAGUUUGGGCUGUUCAGCCUGCAGAAGAGAAGGCUCCAGGGAGACCUUAGAGCUGCAUUUCACUAUCUGAAGGUGAGCUACAGGAACAUUGGGGAGGGGCUGCUCAGAAGGGCCUGUGGGGGUAGGACAAGUGGCAAUGGUUUGAAACUGUAGCAGGGGAGAGUUAGGUUGGACAUCAGGAGGAAGUUCUGCACUGUGAGGGUGGUGAGACAGUGGAACGGGUUGCUGAGAGAUGUGGUUGAAGCCCCAUCCCUGGAGACAUUCAAGAUCAGAAUUGAAGUGGCUGUGGGCAGCCUGCUUUAGUUGGAGGUGUCCUUGCUGCCUGCAUGGGGGGAUUGGACAAGAUGUCCUUGGAGGGUCCCUUCCCAGCCAGUGCAACCUGUGACUCUGAAUCUGUGACUUCAUCCAGGUGAAGGGCACUGGGCACCUGUUUGAAAAUAUGCCCAAGAGCCCAGUGGGAUCUUCAGUGCCUGGAUACCUGAUGAAGUUCUGUCCCUAGUGGCUGCCUUAAGUCACACAGAGAACCAUCAGCAGGCUGAGGAGAGCUGCAGAAGCAUCACAACCGCCGGUGGCUCUCGGAGGACUGGCCGCGAAGAAUAGCACUGAGAAGGUAGAACCUUGCUAUGAAACACUGCUGCUUUCUGCUCAGGUGGAGCUCUUCUGGAUGGUGUGAGAAAGUGGAGACCCCCAGAAAAGGCAAAAUGGCUUUUAAAAAACCCUGCCUCUCUUUUCCUUCUCACUAACUUCUCCAGGAUUUGAAGGGGGCUACGGGAGGGCUGGAGAGAGGCUUUUAACCCCUCUCCAGCUGAACGUGGAGUGACAGGAGAAGGGGUGAUGGCUUCACACUCGAAGAAGCUGGACUGAGAUGAGACAUGAGGAAGAAAUUCUUCCCCAUGAGGGUUGUGAAGCACUGACACAGGCUGCCCAGAUAGGUUGUGGAGGCUUCCAAGCCUGGAACUGUUGAAAGUCAGGUUGGAUGGGGCCUUGAGCAAGCUGGUGGGGCAGGAGGUGUCCCUGCCCAUGGCAGGCGAUUUGGAGCUGGAUGGCUUUAAGGUUCCUUCCAACCCAAACCAUUCUAGGGUUACAUGAUAAUGAGUUUGAAUGAGGAGGUGUUUGAGGCCAGGCUGGGUGAGGCUCUAGACAGCCUAAUCUAGUGUGAGGUGUCCCUGCCCAUGGCAGGGGGGUUGGAACUAGAUCCUUGUGGUCCCUUCCAACCCCGACUGAUUCUAUGAGUUUAAAUGAGGAUUCACUUCAAGAUUAAGCACAUUUGGAAUCCAAAAUGUCUUCUGUGUCUUCAGCUGAUGACUGUUUGGAAUCCAAAUGUCUCUGUGUCUUCAGGUGAUGUCUUGGAGCUGGAACAGAACCUUGUGAGUUUGGACAAACAUCCUUUGAAACGUAGCAGAUCUUGAGAGAGUUCAGGUGUUUGAGUUGGUCAGACACUGCUUGGUGCAAAGGGAAUUGUGGCUGAAAAUCCUCCCACACAAUCCAGAGUUAGAUGGCACAGAUAGGUUCAGCAGCCUUAGCAAGCUUGCAUGAUAGAAAGCAGAGCUUAAACUGGAGUUUGAGUAUGGAAAUGUGUUCAGAAGACUCAACAAAAGAAACCUCCAGAAAGCCUGAGCAGAUACUGCUGUAACACACUGCUGGGGCUCCUCCAGAAAUCCCCAGUUCUUGGGUGCUGUUGGCCUCCAGAGGUCACACAAGACAGAUGUUGGUGUCACUGCAUCACUCUUCUGAACUGCUACCCAAGAACAGAAGCAUAGGGAUGGAUUUAUCUCCUUACCUCCUGCUUUCCCUUCAGUCCUUGGGCUAAGUGUACUGAAGAAGUGGCUGCAGUGCCUUGAGGAGGUUUCCCAAAGUCCUGCUCUUUAUCUGAUUUAGAGUCUGGGAAUGAGCACCAGUGAUUUCUUUUCCACUAACAACUUCUCUUGUUAAAUUUAUACUAACAGUCAAUUUUAAAACUGCCUGAGAGAGUCAGGAUCAGCAAAAAAUGUCACCACUCUCCUGUUAGACCAAAAACAAGUAGAAGAAAUGAGAUUUGAAUGUCUGGAAAUGCUGUAAAAUGGAAUUGGAAUAUUUUAAUUCACAGUAACUUUAAUCACCAAUGGAGUCCUAGGUCCAGUUCAAGAGACAGGGAACUACUGGAGAGAGUUCAGUGGAGGCUGCAAAGCUGCUGAGGGGCCUGGGGCAGCUCUGUGAGGAGCAAAGGCUCAGAGCCCUGGGGCUGAGAGCCUAGAGAAGAGCAGCCCCAGAGGGGAUCUGAGCAAUGCUCAGCAAGAGCUAAAAGGUGGGAGAUAAGAGACCAGACUAUCAGUGGUGCCCAGUGGCAGGACAAGGGGCAAUGGGCACAAACUGGAACCCAGGAGGUUCCAUCUGAACUUGUUUGGUGUGAGAGUGCUGGAGCUCUGGAGCAGGCUGCCCAGAGAGGUUGUGGAGUCUCCUGUGGAGAACUUCCAACACCCCCUGGCCAAUGUGAUCCUGGGCUUGCUACUGUGGGUGACCCUGCUGGAGCAGUAGGGUUGGACUGGAUGACCUCCAGAGGUCCCCUCCAACCCCCACGGUGCUGGGACUCUGUGGUUCUGUGGAAUGUUAGCUUAUUCUAUCCCAGACUUUGCAGCAUUUCAGAGGCUCAGGAAAUUAGUUGAGUUUCAGCUCUAUCUGCAUUUCUUAGUGCUUAUUCAGCUGUUUAAACUUUGUGUGAAGUCAAGCAAGCAAAAACCAACCAAAAAACCAACCAAAAAAGGUACUUUUUUUUUUGGUGUGUGCUUCCAGGGAGGGCAAUAAGCAAGAAAACCUGCAGGGAAAAAAAAACCUUUUCUUUAAAAACUAAAAGAGUUAAGGGUUGACUUCCAGUUCAGGCUUUUGGUUUUCCCUUUGCUUCUGUAUGUGUGUGUAAGAAAGAGAGGGAGUGCAUCUGGAGGUGACCUUUGGAAGCUGUCUCUCAUUCAUAUUUAAUGGCCAUGGUGGUGUUGGGUUGAUGGUUGGGCUCAGUGAGCUUAGAGGUCUGGAUUCAGUGAGCUUAGAGGUCUGGAUUCAGUGAGCUUAGAGGUCUUUCCCAACCCAACCAGUUCUGUGAUUCUGUGCUCCAUGCCAGUUCCCAGCAUGGAUAAAGAGCUGUAACUUAACCACACAUCUUCAAGAAUCUGAUGGCUGUGCUUAUUUGAACUUCCACCACUUCACAAAGGACACAGCAAGCUCAGAGUGAUCUUCCUCCCCCCCCACACAAAAAGAAUUCAAAUGGUUGUGCAGUAGGCUCCAGUAUUCCACAAAUCUGCAGGUGUCCUCACGAGUAAGAUGCUCAGGGGCUGGUGAAGAAGUGGUGGAUGCCAUCCUCACCAGUGAGCUGCAGAACAGACCUGCCCAGUGGAACUCAGAGGAAUGUGCUCGGUGUAGUAGGAACUUGUCAGUGUGGCCUGGUUUGCUUUCCUCUCCCUUUUGUAUUGUGUUUUUAAAUGAUCUGUUGAAUGCAAGAGGUGAAUGGUUUCUGGUCAGGCUCAUUGCCCCGCAGCAAUUUUGGCUUUUAAAGAGGGUUUGCUUCCACAAAAGAAUGUUGAGAACCUUCAGCUGAGGCUAAUGGUGCCUUUUUACCUGGGAGGGGAGAACUGAAAAGCACAUAUUGGAGGAAGACAGAGUCAGUUGGAGAAAGAAAUGUCUGCCUACCAUGCUCAGGACAGUCAGUUGGGGAAGGAGAUGUCUGCCUACCAUGCUCAAGAUAGAGUCAGUUGGAGAAAGAAAUGUCUGCCUACCAUGCUCAGGACAGUCAGUUGGGGAAGGAGAUGUCUGCCUACCAUGCUCAGGACAGUCAGUUGGGGAAGGAAAUGUCUGCCUACCAUGCUCAAGGCAGAGUCAGUUGGGGAAGGAAAUGUCUGCCUACCAUGCUCAAGACAGUCAGUUGGGGAAGGAAAUGUCUGCCUACCAUGCUCAGGAUAGAGUCAGUUGGAGAAGGAAGUGUCUGCCUACCGUGCUCAAGGCAGAGUCAGUUGGGGAAGGAGAUGUCUGCCUACCAUGCUGAAGGCAGAGUCAGUUAGGGAAGGAAAUGUCUGCCUACCAUGCUCAAGAUAGAGUCAGUUGAAGAAAGAAAUGUCUGCCUACCAUGCUCAAGAUAGAGUCAGUUGGAGAAGGAGAUGUCUGCCUACCAUGCUCAAGGCAGAGUCAGUUGGGGAAAGAAAUGUCUGCUUACCAUGCUCAAGACAGUCAGUUGGGGAAGGAGAUGUCUGCCUACCAUGCUCAGGACAGAGUCAGUUGGGGAAGGAGAUGUCUGCCUACCAUGCUCAGGACAGAGUCAGUUGGGGAAGGAAAUGUCUGCCUACCAUGCUCAAGACAGUCAGUUGGGGAAGGAGAUGUCUGCCUACCAUGCUCAAGGCAGAGUCAGUUGGAGAAGGAAAUGUCUGCCUACCAUGCUCAAGAUAGAGUCAGUUGGGGAAGGAGAUGUCUGCCUACCAUGCUCAAGGCAGAGUCAGUUGGAGAAGGAAAUGUCUGCCUACCAUGCUCAGGACAGAGUCAGUUGGGGAAGGAGAUGUCUGCCUACCAUGCUCAAGGCAGAGUCAGUUGGAGAAGGAAAUGUCUGCCUACCAUGCUCAGGACAGAGUCAGUUGGGGAAGGAGAUGUCUGCCUACCAUGCUCAAGAUAGAGUCAGUUGGGGAAGGAAAUGUCUGCCUACCAUGCUCAGGAUAGAGUCAGUUGGAGAAGGAAGUGUCUGCCUACCGUGCUCAAGGCAGAGUCAGUUGGGGAAGGAGAUGUCUGCCUACCAUACUGAAGGCAGAGUCAGUUAGGGAAGGAAAUGUCUGCCUACCAUGCUCAAGAUAGAGUCAGUUGAAGAAAGAAAUGUCUGCCUACCAUGCUCAAGAUAGAGUCAGUUGGGGAAGGAGAUGUCUGCCUACCAUGCUCAAGGCAGAGUCAGUUGGGGAAAGAAAUGUCUGCUUACCAUGCUCAAGACAGUCAGUUGGGGAAGGAGAUGUCUGCCUACCAUGCUCAGGACAGAGUCAGUUGGGGAAGGAGAUGUCUGCCUACCAUGCUGAAGGCAGAGUCAGUUGGGGAAAGAAAUGUCUGCCUACCAUGCUCAGGACAGAGUCAGUUGGGGAAGGAGAUGUCUGCCUACCAUGCUCAGGACAGAGUCAGUUGGGGAAGGAAAUGUCUGCCUACCAUGCUGAAGGCAGAGUCAGUUGGGGAAAGAAAUGUCUGCCUACCAUGCUCAGGACAGAGUCAGUUGGGGAAGGAGAUGUCUGCCUACCAUGCUGAAGGCAGAGUCAGUUGGGGAAAGAAAUGUCUGCCUACCAUGCUCAAGACAGUCAGUUGGGGAAGGAGAUGUCUGCCUACCAUGCUCAAGGCAGAGUCAGUUGGAGAAGGAAAUGUCUGCCUACCAUGCUCAAGAUAGAGUCAGUUGGGGAAGGAAAUGUCUGCCUACCAUGCUCAAGGCAGAGUCAGUUGGAGAAGGAAAUGUCUGCCUACCAUGCUCAGGACAGAGUCAGCUGGGGAAGGAAAUGUCUGCCUACCAUGCUCAAGAUAGAGUCAGUUGGGGAAGGAAAUGUCUGCCUACCAUGCUCAAGAUAGAGUCAGUUGGGGAAGGAAAUGUCUGCCUACCAUGCUCAAGAUAGAGUCAGUUGGAGAAGGAAAUGUCUGCCUACCAUGCUCAAGGCAGAGUCAGUUGGGGAAGGAGAUGUCUGCCUACCAUGCUCAAGGCAGAGUCAGUUGGGGAAGGAGAUGUCUGCCUACCAUGCUCAAGGCAGAGUCAGUUGGGGAAGGAAAUGUCUGCCUACCAUGCUCAAGAUAGAGUCAGUUGGGGAAGGAAAUGUCUGCCUACCAUGCUCAAGAUAGAGUCAGUUGGAGAAGGAAAUGUCUGCCUACCAUGCUCAAGGCAGAGUCAGUUGGGGAAGGAGAUGUCUGCCUACCAUGCUCAAGACAGUCAGUUGGGGAAGGAAAUGUCUGCUUACCACACUCACCACUUCAGGCAGCAAAGCCUGCCUCUGUAGCUAACUUUCACUGAGCAGGGCCAUUCUUGUCUUCUGGAAAGCAAGAGAUUUCUCAUGUAAAUAGCUCUAUUGAUCCUUAUUUUAUUUGCCCUUCCUCUGUAACCAACCUGUACUAACCCCAUGCCCCCCUUUCUGUUUAAACCUUUUACAACAAGGCUGUUGGAUGCCUAACUAUGGUCGGCCUCUGACCCGCUCCUAAGUCAGCCUACAACGCUGAGGAGGAGGAGGAGGGUGCUGGAGGUCUCAGUGUACAUAUAGAACCUUGUAUAUUUAGUAACUCAAGUAAGUGGGACUGAUGGCCAGUAUACAUUAAGCCACAACAGUUAAAACCAAGCUCCAGCUCUUAAGUCUAGCCAAACCAACUGUUCACCUUGCCAUGUCCAUCCUGUAAUAAGAUCUAAGUUGCACCUGCCUGUAGUUCUGCAUGAUCAGACUUCAAAAGUAUAACUACCAAGAUCUGUAAUGUAUCAGUGUUGAUAAACAUAGAUGUAAAAAAAAAAAAAAGAAAAAACCCAAAAAAAAAAGGAAAAAAAAAAACCCCAACCCUCCCCAAACUUCACCACCAGAAGAAAAUCAACAACAGCAACAGGUCAAGACCAGAAGCUGAGACAUGUCCGAUUGUGUUGUGCAGUCAUAGCUGGAAAGAACAAGCAGCCUCAGUCAGGAUGAGUGGACUGCAGCAGUGACAUUUGUUAAGGACCCACCCAACCUUGUUGCCAUUUUGGUUCGUUCCUACCCCCCCCUUUGUCCCUCUGGCCAGCUGCUGUCCCCUGUGUGUGCUGCAGGGCAGAGCAGGGCCGGGGCCAUCGGCGCGCUCUGGGUCGAUGCGGCAUCGAUGAGUUCUGCUUUGCGUUCGUUUCAGCUGGGAAUCUCCUGUGCUCCCAAAGGAAUCCUGGCAGAGCUUCCUCACGAGGGUACUCUUCUCACUGCUGUCUUGACUCCUGUCGGCUGCAUGAGCUUGGCAGCAUUCCCAGCAUGGAGCAGGCUGUGCGCUGCUGGGGGGGCUCCAAGUCAGGCAGGGACAGGACUCAACGGAAACACGGUCGCGUACUCUGUGCAUGACGCCUACAUGACACCUUUCUGCCCUUAGAGUGGUAAAACUGCUGAUCUUCACAGGUGUGGAUUUGGACCAUCUCUUCUUGGGUUUAGUUUGUUCCUGGAGGAAAGGUGUAGUGAACCUCAGUCCUUACCCCACCAACCACUCGCUCCUCUCCCGAGCAGCGAAGUGGAAGCGGUGCGAGGGCCUCCCGUGGGGCCGUGCUUGGGGGAGGGGGUGAAUUUCAUGCUGUUUGAAUGUGACCUUGCCAAAAAAAACCAACAAACCCAAGCCUGUAUGUCUAGCAGGAGAGACUGUGACUGUUCUAUAAGGAGUGUUUGUGUUGUUUACUUUAAAAGAAGCUUUGCUAAUUAAAAUAGUGUAUUCCGGAGUCCUA